AUGGCGGCGCCUGGGCGGCUCCCUGCCCUCGUCAUGCUGAUGGCGCUGUUGGCUGUUGCGCUUUUUCCCGGCGCUGAUGCAAGAAUUUUCCCAGAGCGCCGAUCACUUGCGCAGACUGGAGUGACAGCUGUCUUUUUCGAUGAGAUUCACUGGGAUAAUAACGGCACGGAUGUUGCCGAGGCGGUUGAGAUCUUCGGACCUGUAGGCACUGACGUGACUGGCUACAAGCUGACGCGCUACGCGGGGGCGGGAGGGCUGUGCAGCACCAGUGUGUGCCCCCUCCCCAGCGGGCCGACCCUCACUUUCCCGGCUGGCUCCAUCCUGCGAGGAGAUGGGUCGUCCGGCUCAACCACGUCCGGCACCAUCGUCGUCGUCUUCCCCGUGGACGGGCUGACCAACAGCGGGGCGGGGAUGGCCCUCUCCGACCCCGCGAGUCAGCUGCUGGACUUCAUCUCGUGGUCGAGCACGUCAAACACCUUCACCGUGACCGCAUCCGCCAACACCGGCCCUGCCUCUGGCGAAACAUCCACGCCCGUGAGCCCACGCGAGACGAGCAGCACCCCCGUGGGAUAUUCCGUCCAGCGCACGGGCUCCACCACGUGGUCCAGCCCUGCCGCCAACUCGUUUGGCCCAGCGUACGCAGGCCAGGCCGUCCCCUCCUCUGAAGGCCCGCGGAUCAUUGGCGCAGGGAACCUCCCGAGCCAGCUUGUGGUGGAUGGCCUCCUUACAUCAACAGGCUAUCGCGGAACUGCCCCAACAGGAGGUAACACGUCCCCCCCCACUCCUGUUGGUUCCACGGUGUCCAGCCCCCCCCCGGCCCUUAGCACGAGCAACCCUCCCCCUGUUGACACGACCGUCUCCAGCCCUCCCCCGGCUGGAGGAGCCACGGGCACUUGCGGCUCUGCCGGAGAGACGCCCAUCUAUGCCAUCAACGGGAACGGUCAGGCCCAGGCCAUCGCUGACAAGCAGGUGGUUACCUCGGGGAUUGUCACCGGGGAGUUCGACGAAGCUAACCGCCUCAACGGGAUCUUCAUUCAGACGCCCGACGCCCAAGCCGACCCUAUCACCGCGGGCACGUCCAACGGCCUCUUCGUCUACUUCGUCGGCACGAGCCGUGCCACCUUCCCGGCCACUGCCCCCGGGGACUACAUCCAGGUGUCCGGCACGAUCGUGAACUACAACGGCCUGCCCGAGAUGAACGCCGUGACCGCACUCACCAUCUGCAGCUCGGGGAAUCCUCCCCCGACCAUCUCGCCAGUCACGCUGCCGACAGACCUCCGCCAGUACCUGAGCAUGCAGGUCAACUUCCCCCAGACGCUCACUGUGACGGAUAACUACAACGACGACUUCUACGGGGAGAUCGAACUGUCCGUGAAUGGCAGGCGCUAUGUGCCCACGCAGGUGGCCGAUCCCGGUGCUCCCGCCAACGCCGUUGCGGCCUCAAACGACGCGCAGGCCAUUCUCGUGGACGACGGGUCGAGCUUGACUUCGCGGUCCAGCCCGCCGCUGAAGCCCCCGUACCCGUACCCCGGCCUGUCGGACAGCAACACUAUCCGUGUUGGCUACACCCUGGCCGGCCCCCUGAAUGGCGACCUGUCCUACGGCAGCUCUUUCGGGUACUUGGUGGAGCCGAUUGGCAACCCGUCCUCUGCGGCGCUCACCUUUGAUCCCAGCACCAACCCGCGCCCGACCGCCGGGCCUGCCGUCGCGGGCAGCCUCAAAGUGGUGGGCAUGAACCUGGAGAACUUCUUCACGCAGCUGCAGGCCAACGGGUGCAGCUCCUCCGACUGCCGCGGUGCCAAGACGCAGCAGCAAUUCGACACGCAACUCGCCAAAGAAGUGUUGGCCAUCACCGCAUUGAACGGGGACAUCUACGCGUUCCAAGAGCUCCAGAACAACGGCUUCGGCCCGAGCAGUGCUAUCGCCACUCUGACCAAUGCGGUCAACAACGCGGUGGGGGCUGGAACGUAUGCCUUCAUCAGGGUUAACCAGCCGGACGGGGGCAGCCCCUCGAUCAUCAGCACGGAUCCCAACUGCGCCAGGCAGUGCGUCGGCGGCGAUGCGAUCACGGUGGGUAUGAUGUACCGCGUUUCCGCCGUGACUCCCGUGGGAGCGGCACGUGCCAUCACCAAGAACGUGGACCCGACCUUCCCGUCCGACAACACGCGGCCGUCCGUGGCCCAGACGUUUGCGGACAACCAGGGGGGCAAGAUCACCGUGGUUGCGAAUCAUCUCAAAUCUAAGGGCAGCGCGUGCUCCGGCGACGCGGACCAAAAGGACGGACAGGGCAACUGCAACCUGACGCGCCAGAGAGCCGCCGCCGCCAUCGUGAGGUGGCUCGCCAGCGAUCCCACGGGCAGUAACGACCCAGACUUCCUGCUGCUGGGAGACAUGAACGCGUACGCCAAGGAGGACCCCAUCAAGACCUUCGAGGCGGGCGGUUUCGUGAACAUGAUCGCCGCCAAGAUCGGCCCAUUGGCCUACUCGUACGUCUUCGGUGGCGAGAGCGGCUACCUCGACCACGCGCUCGCGUCGUCCGCUCUCGCGCCGCAGGUCCAGGACGUCGCCGAGUUCCACAUCAACGCGGAUGAGCCGAUCGUGCUGCACUACGACAGCCCCACCGGCCUGGCCAGCCCCACCUCGAUGUACCGCUGCUCCGACCACGACCCGGUCAUCCUGGGCAUGACUCUCACGCCCUCGUCCUCUGCCCUCCCUCCCCCUGCCGCUAACCCCCCCCCCAUCGCAGCGAACCCGCCACCUGCUUCAGUGAACCCCCCUCCCGCUGCUGCGGACAGCCAACCUCCGCCGGUGGUUAACGCUAACCCGCCACCUGUGGAGAACGCCAACCCGCCGCCUGUGGCCAUCCCUAGCCCGCCGACUGCCGAGAUCGCUAGCCCGCCCCCUGUUGAGGUUGCUAGCCCGCCCCCUGUUCAAAAUGCUAGCCCGCCCCCGGUUCAGAUUUCUAGCCCGCCCCCGGUUCAGAUUGCGAGCCCGCCCCCGGUUCAGAUUGCCAGCCCGCCCCCUGUUCAGAUUGCCAGCCCGCCUCCUCUUGCGAAGUCGUCUCCCCCCGCAGUUGCCACGCCCACUCCCGUGCCGACCAACCCCAAGGGGGGGUGUGGCAACGCUUGCAACUGUCCCAAUGAGAAUGCCUGCACGAAUGGCAAUAAGCCGUGCGCAUGGUUCAACAACGCAUGCCGUAAGCUCUCGCAACCACUCUGCCUUCUGCCUUCGGUGCAGCUUUGA